GGACGCAGACAACUUGGAGGCGUGGUCCAAGAUGAUCAAACUGCGACCAUAUGUGCCAUCCAAGCGCAUCGCCAUACGGGACUCUUCGAUUGAUGAGGACAUAAGCGAUGAUGUCGACGAUGAGGUGUUCAUCAAGGACGCUAGAUCUGCCAAGCGCAGUGAAGAGCAGGGCCUCAAGCGUCCUUUGAUGGCGCCACGUCGCAAGCACAGUUCCGGUUCGGGUACGAGCUCCACCCCUAUCAUGAAACAGCAUAAACGUCGACGCUGCUGCAGAUGCUGGGAGUCCUUCUGCUAUGUCUUGGCUGCUCUCACCGUGCUCUGUGCAUUGCUCAGCUUGGCCGCAUUGAUGCUGACGUUGUUCCCGUCACCGAUCCAGAACAUUCAUCAUUGGUGGAGUCGGGGACCACAGUUGGGGCCAUUGACCACGUCGAGCAUUAGUUAUGGCAGCACAAUGGGCAGCGAAUUUGUGCCUUGUACACAGAUUAGCGUGCAGAGACUGUGGACACGCAGUCUGGCCAGGAUGAACAGCGAGAGUCCAUUGCGUGCUGCGGAUCUUAAUGGCGAUGGCAUCAAGGAUGUCAUUUUCGGCUAUGGCGUGGACGACAACAUACACUACGAGGGCAUUCCGCUGCCCCGAUGCAAGUCUGCCCAGCAAGGCGACGAUGUGCCGUGCGAGGGAGGCGUUGUGGCGCUUAAUGGACGGGAUGGUACCACACUGUGGCAGUCGUGGAGCGUGGCGAACGUGUUUUCCUUGCAUUGCAAUGCAGAUAUCGACCUCGAUGGUGGCAUGGACUGCUUGGCCGCCGGUAGACUGGGCAUGAUCUUUGCCAUUAAUGGACGCACCGGUCGGGUUAUCUGGACUUUCCACGAACUGGAAGUCGAGACAAACUCGCCCAUUGUCAUGGAUCUCUAUACGAUCAAUGUGUUGCGCGAUUUGGAUGGUGAUGAAGUGCCCGAAUUGAUAGCUGCUCAUCUCGAGGAGCGUGAGGAGUCCAAGGCUGGCCACAUUAAGCUCAUAUCGGGCAAGACGGGCAAAGUGAUCCGAAGCAUUCCGACGCCACAUCGCGAGGAGAUGUUUGUUCCCAUUCAGCUGCUGACUCAAUCCGAUGGCACCGAGCUGCUACUGAUGAUUACCGGUGGCCAAAAUACGCCCGGUGGCAUUUACAGUCUGCGUCUGCUGUCGCUCAUGGCACACACCAGCGAGAAGCACUUCACGCCCUUGCAUCAACAACAGAGAUCGGGUCUAAUGGUGCCAGCAGUGCUCAGCGAUCUCAAUGGCGAUGGCAUCUCCGAUGUUAUCGUCGCAGCCUUUAAUAGCAGCGUCUAUGCCUUCGAUGGACACAACUACAGUAUGCUGUGGAACUAUACAUUCCCGGCCAGCGAAUGCGUCAGUGCCGUUGUGCCGGGUCAUUUUAACCGCGACAACGUCACCGACUUCAUGGUUAAGUAUAACACUGGGCCGGGUUUUCCUGUCUAUUACUAUUCGCAAACAACCAUCCUGGAUGGACGCACGGGUCAGCCCCUACUUAAUGCGAUGAUGACAGACGCAGGCGGUGCCAGCAGUCUCCUGGGUGGUGUGUCCAUUUCACAGAGCUUUGGCGGUGAUUUCUACCUCCACUGGCAGCUGCAGUGCCGCAAUAAGCCAAAUGCCCGGGAUGCCUACGAGUUUGUGCCGGACAGUGAUAUCAUUCUUCAGGCACGUGCCGACACCUGUCGCCUCCGCUAUAACGAAUCCACGGUACUGAAGCUCUAUGCCAUUGCCCGGCAUAUCGAACCGCCAGGCGCCGUGCUCUUCAGUACAGACGAUUUGGAGGUACAGCUGAAUCGCACACAGCGUCCCGCUCCAACGGGCAAACAGUCGCCGUUAAAGCAUCCCAAGCUUCUCAAAAAGCUGCUCGCCAAUCGGGAGCAGCUGCUCAGGCAAGUGGUAGACGUUGAUACAGCCGAUGAGCAGCCGGGUUCAGUCAAGCACUUGAAGCAUCGCAAGCUUCCCUUGCCGGAUCUCUUGCCUGAAUCAGACUCGGACAAUGAGCUGCCCAGUUUUGCCGGUGGUUAUAUCAAGGAGCCCUACAAGGAAUUUAAGGAUUACGGGCCUCUGCAGCUGCCGGCGGAGAAUGCAAAUCCCAUGCGUUUGCCAGAGGAGUACGAGCUGGUGUACAACGAUGAGUUGCCACAGGUGUCGGAUCAAAACGAGCGUCCCAUACAUUUGCGUAGCAAGUAUCCUAGCGGCAGCAAUCGUGAUGUGCGCAGUGACACCCUGGAGUCGAGUACCACCACAAGUCAGCCACUGUCCGCACAAUCGCCUCUCAGUCUGUGGGAUCUGGAGUUGGACAAUGAGGCCCAAGAACAGGCCGCAGAUGCAGCUGCCGCAGCGGUAACCAGUUCCAGUAAGAGUAUCCAGUAUCGGAGACGCAAACGACAGCGACGCAAUGAACGUGCCGCUGCAGGCAGCAGUAGUAGUUCAACUACCGAUAACAAUGCUGGCGAGGAUGCCACUGCGGCGCCAGAGUAUGCCUCGCCUGCCGACUGGUAUUUGGCUUCCAUUUCGUCAACUGGGGUGCUGCUCAAGGCGCUGAGCAAUGCGAGUUCCUCGCUGGACUUUGCCUUUGUGCUCAACAUACGCGAAUCGGAGGCGUAUCCACCGUUGUUCUCACCGCAGGAUCUCAGCUGCGUCGAGGAGAAAAUUAGCGCCUAUAAAAGUUACACCGCCGACAACCUGCGCGUGCUGCGCAAGCAAUUCCUCAAGCAGUGCCUGAGUGAACGACUUGUGGACGCGGAUCCCGCGUUGCCCAAGUACGAAUCACAGCUGAUUAUAACGCGCAUUGGGAUAACGUGCACCUGUCGCUCGCUGCAGCCGGGCGAGGUGUGCUCGGAGUUGGAUCACAUUGAUGCACAACGUUGGACUGAGUUUAUGGGCAACGAUGGUAAUGGCUUUUAUGCCAAUUAAAACAAUUACAACUAAGUCUAUCCUCUCUCUCUUAACUCUAUUCAACUAUUGUAAUUAAUCGAUCGUAAUUUAUGUGUGUGGCUGUUUCUUGUAAUUGUAACAGUAUUUACAUGUGUAUUUGUGUAUAUUUUAUGAAUUUUUAAAUAAAAUUAAAUAUUAAAACUUAA